AUCAAGAAGUGUGGCAGUGACAGCUCGUUUGACAGGAUUUCAAGAAAACACCCUGCAAAAAUAUUUUGGAAGAAAGCAGUUCAGCCUUCUGUAUAAGGCCAGCGUCCAUGGGUUCUCUCAGAAAGAUGUGCUACCAAGAUGCUGUAAUCAAGGAUCUACUCUAACAGUGACUUAUUGUAAAACUUACAUUGUUGGAGUAUACACACAAGUGAGUUACCAGGAAAAUAAAGAUGUUCCUGCCAUCCUUUUUGCACUUUGAGAGAAUAAAAUUUCAGAAUGCAAAAUGAGUGUCACUCCAGAAGAUAUGUUUAAUUUGGGAAGAUACAGGUCUGAUUUCAAGAUUCAUCUGCAUGAAUGUUAUGUGUCUAUGAACUCAAGCACAAGGAAAAGCCUUGGGCUGCCUGAAAGUGACACUCUCUCCAUUCAGGAGUGUGAAGUUUUUCGAUGUGAAGAUUUACUGGACACAAGAAAGAUAAAAGGGGUUACUGAGCUCAGAGAGAGCUUACUGUCAGCUGUGAGAACUCAUAAACCAUAUGGAGAGCUUGUUCACCAAGUACGAAUCCUUCUGCUGGGUCCAAUUGGCGCUGGGAAGUCUAGCUUUUUCAACACAGUGAAGUCUGUUUUCCGAGGCCAUGUAACAAAUCAGGCUUUGGUGGGGUCUGAUACAAGUGGGAUAUCUAAGCAGUACAGGACAUACUCUAUUAAGGAUAGGAGUGAUGGCACCUCCCUGCCAUUUGUUCUGUGUGACUCACUGGGACUGGGUGAGAAAGAAGGCCUAUGCAUAGAUGACAUGCUCUCUAUCUUAAAAGGUCAUGUUCCUGAUAGGUACCAGUUUAACCCCAUGAAACCAAUCACAUCAAGUCAUCAUAGCUAUGUUGCCUCACCAUUGCUGAAGGACAGAAUCCAUUGUGUGGUGUUUGUGUUUGAUGCCGUCUCUGUUGAAUAUCUCUCUUCUGAGAUGGUGGCAAAGAUCAAAAGAUUUCGAAGAGAGGUGAUAAAUUGUGGCGUGGUCUUUGUGGCUUUGCUUACUAACGUAGAUAAAGUGGAUCUGAUUACCAAAGGUGACCUUAUCGAUAUAGAGAAAUGUGUGCCUGUGAAGCAGAAGCGAGAGGUAGUCCAAAGAAUACUUGGCUUUGCUCUUUCUGACAUCUUGGUGGUGAGCAAUUAUGUCUCAGAGUGGGAGCUGGACCCCAUCAAGGAUGUUCUAACACUUACUGCACUGAGACAGAUGCUGUGGGCUACGGAUGACUUCUUAGAGGAUUUGCCUCCUGAGAAAACAGGUUCAGAAUCAUUGAAUUGUCAAGUGUGUAACUGAAGAACAUGCAUUUGUGAAACCUUCACAUGUUAGUACCUUUGAUCUCAUCAUAAAAGAGUGAAAUAGAGAAAGGAGAAAACACAAAAAAAGGAGAAGUAACUGGGACUGAAUGGGUGUAUUUCGUUUAUGUCUAGGAGGAAGGUACACAUACAAAAAUAUUGCACCUGUAAAUAACUAGGAACGGCAUGAUUUGAGACCAAAAUUGUGCAAAACAAU